GAAAGCAGCAAGUAAGUUGCAGCAACCUGUGUGCGUGCCCUCCAAUUCGUCCAAUUGCAUCCAAUCGGAGCGUUCGGUGACGUCAAGUGGGGCGAUUGGUCUGUUUGACGGCGUUCUCUAUUUAACCUGGUAACGAAGGUACAGUGCAAUGGUGAGACAGUUUCCUGUAAGUGGCCCAGUUGCUAUGGCAGACAUGCUGGAUCCCUACACCUUUGAUGCCCCUUCUACAUACAUUAACUUUAGUUCUUUCCAUGAGGAUCACAAUGCUGACUCCUGGUUAGACAGAGUGACCAAUGCACUUAAUACUCCCCCAAACCAGAGGCCACGCUUUGAAACUUCUGCUGUGAAUUCUGAACACAAGCGCAAGGUGUUGACAACCCUUUCAAAGGAGGCAGUCUCCAAGAGUACUAUACAUUUUUGUGAUGUGAAAUCUCCGUCAAUGCGAUCAACCAGGCUCAUGUCCAGGAAGCUGUGCAAACUAAAGGGGAGUAGGAAUGUGCUGGUGAAGCCUAAAAUUGCAGAACAGCAAGAGCUUGAGAAGAUACAAGAACUUCAAAAGAAUCUCAAGAAAAAUUAGCAUUCCAUGAAAGCUGCCAUAACUAGAGCAGGUCAGUCUUUGAAUAAUGGUGACCCUCCAGUCACAAAACCAGUGGAUUUUCUCUGUAAAACCAAUGAUCAACUUGAGCAUGGUUCCAAUCAACCUGAGAGAAAUGACUGUAACAUGGUGAAAUUUGUUGCAUCACUAAGGAGACACCAAUCGCUAUCGGUUCAGAUUCCUAAACGAGGAUACACAAUCCCAAAACCCUUCAACCUGUCACAGGGAAAAAAACGAAAGCGUGAGGAGGCUUUGGAAUCCAGUGCUGAAAAGGUUAUAUCUUUCUCCAAAAGAACUCCCGCACCUUAUUGCCUGCAUGGCCACCAGAGGGAGCUCGAGGAAGAGGAGGUGCCUGUUAUCAAAGCCACUCGUACGCCACAUUACAGGGUCCUAUUUAAACCCAAACUUUUAGAAAAGAGACAAGUGGAUCAUAGGCGGAGGGUGACUUUUGAGUUUGGGAAGGCUAAACAAAGAUCAGCAAAAAAAAUUUCACCUACCGGAGGUGCAGGCCUUCAGAGCAGUUGGGGGGAAACAAUAGCAUUUUUUAAAGCAAAGUCCCCUAUAGAGUGCUAUAGUCACCUUAUUAAGAAAAUGUGUGUGCCCCAAUGAGGCCUUCCAUACCAGGAGGUCCCUCCCAGUGAACAAGCCACAGUGCUUGAUAGAUUUCUUAAAAGAGAACUGAACCCUAAAACAAAAUAUGGCUAAAAAUGCCAUAUUUUAUAUGCUGAACUUAUUGAACCAGCCUAAAAGUUCAGCAUCUCUAUAGCAGUGAUUUCAAACUUGUCACAGGAACUCCCUAUCUUUGAUUUUGUUAAAAGUCUUUUACACGCACAUGCUCAGUGAGCUUUGAGCAGCUGUUUAGAAGCUAAACGUAGGAGUUUUCACAAAUCAGAAAAUAGGUAAGACUGUUAACUGAUAUUACGAAGCUGGUGAAUAAAUUAUGAUGCUAA